AAAGGAAGAAGCGAGUCCACACGAACGCGAAGAAAAAGGUCAAAGAGGUUAAAUAGAAAGGUUCUUUCUUGAGAAUGUCUUUGCUUUUGAUUUCUAUAGAAAGAGGGAGAGAUGGGUGCUUCUGCUUCGGUUCCCGAGAGAUCCGUCCAUCAAUUCACCGUAAAGGAUAGCUCCGGCAAGGACGUGAAUUUGAGCAUUUACCAAGGGAAAGUCCUCCUCAUCGUCAACGUCGCUUCCAAAUGCGGUUUCACCGAGUCUAACUAUACCCAGCUCACCGAACUUUACCAGAAAUACAAGGACCAAGAGUUUGAGAUCUUGGCAUUUCCUUGCAACCAGUUCCUAUACCAGGAGCCAGGCUCAAGUGGAGAAGCUCAUGAGUUUGCCUGUACACGCUUUAAAGCAGAAUACCCUGUUUUCCAAAAGGUACGUGUAAAUGGUCAAAACGCUGCUCCACUCUACAAAUUCCUUAAAGCAAGUAAACCCACUUUUUUGGGUUCCAGAAUUAAGUGGAACUUCACCAAGUUCUUGGUUAGCAAAGAUGGCUUAGUGAUUGAUCGUUACGGCACAAUGGUUACACCGCUAUCAAUCGAGAAAGACAUCAAGAAAGCUCUUGAAGGCGCUUGAAUCAACAGGGCGGUUAAAUUUGAAUGUAAAUCGCAGCUUUUAUGUCAAAAUUUCUUCUGUUUUUUUGUUUUUUCCCUUUUGGACAAUUUUCUUUGUUUGGUGGGAUAUUUUGAAAGAAUUACUUGGAGAGUAGGUUGCUGUAUUUCUGUUUAUUUUUCGGCAAAAGUAACACAUGUUAAUCCAACUCGAAUGGUUAAAUUUAUCAUAAUAUCAGGCCAAUCCAUUCCGAAGUUAA